CAUGCGUUUAUAUAUGUAAUGUUUGCAGCUGUCUCUUAUAUGCGUCAUAAGAAGACCUCCAGCCAUACGAACUCGUGGAUAAGGCUUAUCAUCCACGUAGUUGCCACAGCAACACGCAAGGUGCAGAGGCAUGAAAUUUCCCAAAAAGACGCGCGAAGUCACCUCGUAGAACAAAAUUCUCCCUAUUGUAGGACAGUACUCUACAUCUGGGCAUGGUGACGGUGAUCUGCCAUUUCUAGCUCACCACAUGAAUUGCUAAAUUUGGGUUAACCUACUCGUUGUCAAGAUCUCAAGGAACAUCUAGAGACCGCAAUCCUGCGCAAAAUUGUGCCGCAAACUUACAAUAAGCGGUGUUCCACCUUAUUUUAUGUGUAAAACUGGCUUCGAAAUACCGAAACUGAUGAAGAUUUAGGCGGUGUUCCGCCGAAGAAGAAUUUCCAACAUCACAAGAACUUAUUACGGUGAUGGAGUAGCAAGCAGCAAGUAAGCUAUGAUCUAUACU